AUGGGCAGUGGAGCCAGUUCAGAGAGCAAGGAGUCGGCCAGGAGAUCCAGAGAACUGGAAAAGAAACUCCAGGAAGAUGCAGAGAGGGAAGCCAGGACAGUCAAACUACUACUGCUGGGUGCUGGAGAGUCAGGAAAGAGCACUAUUGUAAAGCAAAUGAAGAUCAUCCAUAAAGAUGGUUUCACCUAUGAGGAACGUGUGGAGUUCAGACCUAUUGUUUACAGUAACGCAGUGCAGUCUAUUCUGGCUAUUGUGAAGGCAAUGACUAAGUUAGGAAUCAGUUAUGAAAACCCUGCUAGAAUUGAAGACGAAAGGAAGCUGUGUGCCAUGGCAACAACUCUGGAGGAUGGCAGCAUGUCUUCUGAGCUGGUUGGGCUCAUCAAGCAGCUGUGGCACGACGGUGGGACGCAGACCUGCUUUGCCAGGGCAGCAGAGUACCAGCUCAGCGACUCGGCAGCAUAUUACCUCAACGAUUUGGACAGGCUGGCAACACCAGACUACGUCCCUACUGAGCAAGAUGUCCUGCACUCCCGGGUGCAGACAACUGGGAUUAUAGAGACACAGUUUUCUUUCAAGGACUUAAACUUCAGGAUGUUUGAUGUGGGUGGACAACGAUCAGAGAGAAAAAAGUGGAUUCACUGCUUUGAAGGAGUUACUUGCAUCAUAUUCUGUGCUGCACUCAGUGCCUAUGACAUGGUUCUGGUGGAAGAUAAAGAAGUGAACAGAAUGCAUGAAAGCCUUCAUCUGUUCAACAGCAUCUGCAACCAUAAGUGCUUUGCAGCCACUUCCAUUGUGCUGUUCCUGAACAAAAAAGACCUCUUUCAAGAGAAAAUAACAAAAGUUCACCUUAAUAUCUGCUUUCCUGAGUAUAAUGGAGAAAACACAUUUGAAGAUGCUGCAAAUUACAUCAAGAAACAAUUUCUAGACUUGAACAUAAGGAAACAAGAUAAAGAGAUAUAUUGUCACUUGACCUGUGCCACAGACACACAGAAUGUCAAAUUUGUUUUUGAUGCAGUCACAGACAUAAUAAUCAAAGAAAAUCUGAAAGACUGUGGGCUUUUCUAACCAUUCAUUCUGUUGCUCAGAUCUUCAGUCCACUUUCCUCUCUUCAUCUGAUGUGCUGACUGAAACAAAAAAAAAAAUUCCUCUAGGUAAGAAACAAUAUCAAUUAGGCACCCAUUAGCAUCAGCUGAAGUGUUGGAUACAGCCUAAGCAUUGCAGACCAACACAGACCUUCCAGAUAUCAUAAGAUUAAAAAAAACUUUUCAAGAUGACAGCUGCUGAUAAAUCCUACUGGAAUCAAAGUCACAUUCCUAUUUAAAUCAAUAUCAUAGAAAUAUAGAAUCAUAGAAUUCUUUGGUUUGGACAAGACCUUCAGGAUCAUCUAGUUCCAAUCCCCGUGCCAUAGGCGGCCACAUCUUCCACUAGACCAGGCAAUCAGCACUUCUCAGGAAACAGGGGACACCUCAGUAUCCUGUGUCUUCUAGUCACAGGAUGAAAAAAGAUAAUAUAUCAGAGAACUGACUUAUUUACAAUUGGGGCCUAAAGAAAACUCUAGCUUUAAACAGUAUCAAUACAUAUUUCACGUUCUGUUUUUAUUUGUGCUACAUAAACAACUGAAAGUGACAUGUCAUUCAUUCAACAAAAGCAACCCCCCCAGACUUCGAUGGUGUAUGGUGAAGAGCAGUGCAAAUCUGAAUGUUGAAUUAUACUGUUCUGUCAGAAGAGCUGAGGGACAUAUGCAUAAAAACUGCACACACACGAAACUGACAAAAUUCCCAGUUUGAGAAAAAUUAAACACUGUAAGAUGGAGGCAAGUUUUGUAAAUCCCUAAGGAGGAAAAAAAAAUAUAAUGACUGUCAGUUUCUGCAAAAGCCACAAAGGCAAAUUGAAAUAUUUUUGGGUUUAGAAUUAAAUACAACACUUUCUUAAAAUGCAAUUAAUAAUCCUGCUACUCAACAGAAAUGGCAGCAGUAACUUCUACCACUGCAGAGCAGAUGUAAACCCACCAGUCCUCAUGGCAAAAACACAUCCUUGGGACUUUGGCACAGAGCACCUUUCUCUACACAAAAAUCCUGCUAAUGCAGAACUGC